CCGAGUGCGCGAACCGGCCAAAACCCAACUAUUGAACGAACCAGAAUGCUCCACUUAUCACUCACCACUAUAAAUUUCUUCUUUUUCUUUUCUAAAAUCGUCAUCUUUUUCUCACUCAAUUCCCCGUUCGCAGGCCAUCCCUUCCAAAUUCCAAGACGGGGGCAUCUUAUAUCAGGCCCUGAUAGAGCUGCUGAUAGAUAGCAGUGGACAUGAAUGUUAUUGGUUCCUUUUCCUGUGUGAGUUUGAAUGGAGUUAUCCAGAGAAGAAAUGCUUGGGACGUGAGCACCAGCCAGAGGGCCAAUCCCAAUAUAGAUUCUGCACAUGACAAUCUGCAAUCUUUCAGAAGCAGUGACUUCACUGGUUGCCGCUUGAGAGUUCAAUCAUCAUGGCUAAGAAGAUCGAGAGGAGACCAGAAUGUUUUUCCACUGCAGGUAGUUUGCAUGGACUACCCGAGGCCUGAAUUGGAGAACACAACCAAUUUUUUAGAGGCUGCUCAACUAUCUGCAUCCUUCCGUAGCUGUCCACGCCCAAAUAAACCAUUGCAAAUUGUGAUUGCUGGUGCAGGUUUGGCUGGUCUAUCUACAGCAAAAUAUCUUGCAGAUGCUGGUCAUAAGCCUAUACUUUUGGAGUCAAGGGAUGUUCUUGGUGGCAAGGUUGCUGCUUGGAAAGACCAAGAUGGAGAUUGGUAUGAAACUGGCCUCCAUAUAUUCUUUGGAGCUUAUCCCAACAUGCAGAACUUGUUUGGUGAACUUGGUAUCAAUGAUCGUUUGCAAUGGAAGGAGCACUCAAUGAUCUUUGCGAUGCCAAAUAAACCAGGAGAGUUUAGCCGCUUUGAUUUUCCAGAGGUUCUUCCUGCACCUUUGAAUGGCAUCUGGGCUAUCUUAAAGAACAAUGAAAUGCUGACUUGGCCUGAGAAAGUGCAAUUUGCCAUUGGACUUUUGCCAGCCAUGGUUGGGGGUCAAGCUUAUGUUGAAGCUCAGGAUGGCUUGACAGUUGCAGAGUGGAUGAAGAAGCAGGGUGUGCCAAAACGGGUCAGUGAUGAAGUUUUUAUUGCCAUGUCUAAAGCUCUUAACUUCAUAAAUCCAGAUGAGCUUUCAAUGCAGUGCAUUCUAAUUGCUCUGAAUCGGUUCCUUCAGGAGAAGCAUGGAUCUAAGAUGGCCUUCUUGGAUGGUAAUCCUCCAGAGAGAUUAUGCAUGCCAAUUGUCAACCACAUUGAAUCAUUAGGUGGUGAGGUCCGGCUUAAUUCACGCCUUAAGACGAUUGAGCUCAACUCUGAUGGGACGGUGAAACACCUUGUCCUUGGAGAUGGAAAUAUAAUCACUGGAGAUGUUUAUGUAGUUGCUACGCCGGUUGACAUCUUGAAGCUUCUUUUACCUCAAGAAUGGAAAGAAGUUUCUUACUUCAACAAAUUGGAAAAACUUGUUGGAGUCCCCGUGAUUAAUGUUCAUAUAUGGUUUGAUAGAAAACUGAAGAAUACAUAUGAUCAUCUUCUCUUUAGCAGGAGUUCAUUAUUGAGUGUGUAUGCAGACAUGUCCGUUACAUGCAAGGAGUACUAUGAUCCUAACCGCUCUAUGUUAGAGCUAGUUUUUGCACCUGCGGCAGAAUGGAUCUCAUGCAGUGACUUGGAAAUUAUUGAUGCUACUAUGCAAGAACUAGCAAAACUAUUUCCUGAUGAAAUUGCUGCAGAUCAGAGCAAAGCCAAAAUUCUGAAAUAUCAUAUCGUCAAAACACCAAGAUCUGUUUAUAAAACUGUGCCUAACUGCGAACCAUGCCGCCCCUCACAAAGAUCUCCAAUUGAAGGAUUCUAUCUAGCCGGUGAUUACACGAAACAGAAAUACUUGGCUUCGAUGGAGGGUGCUGUUUUAUCAGGAAAGCUAUGUGCUCAAGCUAUUGUACAGGAUUAUGACUUGCUGGCUUCGCGAGCUCAGAAAAGGGAGGAACCUGAGAUGAGUAUUGUUUGAUUAUAACUGUGUAAAUCUCCAUUGAUGGCCUGACAGCAAGCAGUGUUUUCUUCAAAUUAUCAGCUCAUUGUUGUUGUUUACACUGAAAUGCACCACCAUUGUUGUAUUAAGAAUGGUUUCUGAUCCAAGAGGGAUGCUUUGUAAAUCUUCAAUACAACAGGACACUAAAUGAA